UCUCAAUAAAUCCACACUAUCACAGUCUCUUCUCUUCUCCCUAUCACACUACACUACACAUCAUGGCUUUCUCCACUGGAAGCUCUCUCUUCGUCUGCUUCACAACACUUGUUCUUCUCUCCACUCAAAUCAAUGCAAGAGAGAGCUACUUCUUUGGCAAAUUCCACCGAGAAUCCCCCAAAGACCAAAACCCUAACAAUGUUCUCCCUCUCGAGACCAGCGAGAAAACCACAGUAGAAGAAUCUUUCCCCAACAAGAAAGAACAAGAACAAGAUCCCACGUUUGUCCCCGAGUCCGAAAACGGCUAUGGCUUGUAUGGUCACGAGAACACCUACAACAACAACAAAGAAGAGUUCAACAACAACAACAACAAGUACGAUGAAAAAUUCAACGGUGAGACUUUCUCAACUCCAAGCCUGAGCGAGACCGAAGAGUCUUACAACAACUACGAGGAGAACUACCCGAAGAAGACGGAGAGCUACGACAACAACCGUUACAACAACGAAGAGUUCAACAACAAGUACGAUGAAAACUUCAAGGAAGAGUUCAACAACAACAAGUACGAUGAAAACGUCAAGGAAGAGUUCAACAACAACAAGUACGAUGAAAACGUUAAGGAAGAGUCAUUCUCUGAGAACAAUGAAGACAAGAGAGGUAUCUACAACUCCAACGCUUACGGAACGGAGCUAGAACGUGAAACGCCGUACAAAGGUUACAGCCAUAACUUGGAGAGACAAGGCAUGAGUGACACAAGGUUCAUGGAGAAAGGUAACUACUACUAUGACCUUUACAACGACAGAAACCACGGCCAUUUCUACCGGAAGCCUCAUCAGAAAAGCCCUGCCGGUUACUAUUCUUCUCAGGAGACUGGGAAUAACUACGACCAGUCGUACAACAACUACAACAACGAGGAGGAGAAGAGCUUCAAGGAUCAGUACAAUUCCAAGUGGGAGAAGAACAUGAUGAACAAACAGCCUGAAGAGUUUGUUGAGGAGCAAGGAGACCAGUUCAAGCCUUGAUGAAGAUUUGAUGUUUGAUUUCCUCUCAAGAUCAUUACACUCUUAAAAAGUAUUUUCUUUUUAUUUCAACCAAGUUAUUUUACUUCUGGUUGAUUAGUCAAACUAAGUCGUUGUUAUCAUUGCAAGUGAAAAAGGGAAAGGGGGGUUUUGUGUUUUUUUUCUUUUAGUUGAAAUUGGUUUGCUUUUUAUGGGAUUUUGAAAUUUGAUGUUUGCGUUUGCAUAUAAUAUUCGAAGAAAAGAUAGUAAAAUAUAUGGUGCUACUUUAUGUUA